AUGGGGAUAGAGCUGUGCGAGCCCAGCUACCUCUACAACCUCCUCAACCAGUACCGGCGUGUCUCCCGGCUGGCGGAGCCCAACUACCUCUGCCUGCUGGAUGCCCGCAGUCAGCGUGAGUACGCCGAGAGCCACAUUGUGACAGCUCGCAGGAUCCUGCAGAGUCCCACAGGAGAGUAUCUGGUACCAGAUUCAGAGGAGCUGAGGUGUGUCAGAUACUGUGUGGUGUAUGACUGUGAGACCAGCUCCUUGGACUGCUGUGACCAUGAGGAAGAGGAGAAAGAAAAAGGGAGCAGUGCUCCAGAGACUGCAAAGCCCAGCUCGGGUUCCAUGUGCUCCCAGACUGCUGGGGAAGGAGCUGCCCUCCAGCAUGCCCAGGGCUUGGAGCUCUUCACUCCACACCCAGUGCUGGUGCUGAGGGGAGGAUACAGAAGGUUCUCAGCCUGCUACCAUUUCCUGAGGACUCAGAAGAUGUUGUGGAUGCCUCAGGAGCUAGACAACUUCCAGCCAUACCCUGUAGAAAUACUGCCUGGGAAAUUAUAUCUGGGCAACUUCAAGCAGGCCUGUGAGCAACAAAUCCUAAAGGAUCUGAAGAUCAAAGCACAAGUCAACCUCUCUGAGCAGCCUGCAGCACUGUUGGCAGAAGGUGACAAACAUCUCCACAUAGCUGUUCCAGACUCACUUGAAGCAAAUCUCUUUUCUUCCUUUGCCACCAUUUGUCAUUUCAUAGAUGCUCAGCUGGCUCAUGGAGCAGUGUUGGUGUUCUCCAGCCUGGGGAUCAGCCGCAGCAGCACCGUGGCCAUGGCCUACCUGAUGCACUCCUGCCACUUCUCCCUGCAGCGAGCCUGGAACCAUGUUCUGAAAUGCAAAACCAACGCCAGGCCUCACCGGGGCUUUGUGGAGCAGCUCUCAGCCUGGGAGACCCAAAUCUAUGGCACCAGGAUCACAGAUGUGUCUGAACCCAAGUACUGA